CACGCAGAAUAUGUCAUGAAUUACGCAUGCCCUGAUUGUUCCUGGGUAAUACACACUUUAAUAAUCGGAUUUGAACUUUGUUAUAAUUAUGUCACAAAAAUUAAACAAUAUGCUUGAACCAGUAAGACUUGGGAUAAUAGAAUAAGAAUUUAUGACCGUCUACACAUUUCAUUUUAUUUUUAACCUAAAUAACAUGCAGUCGCAAUUUCACUGCAGUUAACGUUCUCCUCUUGUAUUCGGAUAUGAAUUGGACCUAUUCAUAAAGGAUUUCUACAGGAACAAUGUGGAUACGCCUGUCCACAUCAUGGUUUACAUUACUGCUGAUGACCAGUUGUGUUCUAACAGAACAAAAGACUUCUCAGAGAUCAGUAUUCAUGGAAUGGACUCCUUGGACAAUUUGUUCAAAAACGUGCAAUCAAGGUAUACAAAUGAGGACGAGAGAUUGUGUCAAUACAAGUAAAGACUGCAACCAAACUGAGAAGCAAUUAAAAGUUUGUCAGCAGCAGGAAUGCAAAGGAAAAGUUAGAGAUUCCAGAGAUCUUCAAUGUCAACAUUUCAGUAACAAGGUUGUUCAUAGAAGGAGGCAUCAUUGGUAUGGAUAUACGCAUGAACGGAAUCAGUGUGAAUUAUACUGUAAGGCGUCUUACUAUGGAUUUUAUAUGAAGUUUGGAGAUAAAGUUGAGGACGGAACCACAUGUAAAGAUUCGGACGCUGACGGGAUUUGUGUGAAUGGGCGUUGUCAGAUUAUUGGCUGUGACGGUAUUGCUGGGUCAAAUGCCAGGUUAGAUCACUGUGGUGUAUGCAGUGGAGACAGUUCAUCAUGCCAGCUAAUAUCAGGAAUAUUCACCAGGAGAUAUCUAAAAUAUGGAUAUAACUUGAUAAGUCGUAUUCCUUCCGGAGCAUGUAACAUCAAUAUAACAGAAAUGUCCCGCAGUAGGAAUUAUUUAGCAUUAAAAUUAACAGAUGGCGAUUACAUCAUCAAUGGAAAUUAUAGACUAACUAGAAACAACGUGUUCAGAGAAGCGGGAACAACUUUUACGUAUCACAGAAAUAAAAGAUCAGAAGGCUGCCGAUCGCAGUGUAUUAUGGCCGACGGUCCAACAACGAAAUCCAUUGACUUAGAGUUGCUGUUUUACCAAGUAAAUACAGGUAUAAUGUAUCAAUUUACCGUGCCGAAUAAUUUAACAGACUAUUUUAUGCAAAAUAUGGUGCCUAAUCUUAGAGAAAAUCGACGAAAUCCUAGUGCACAAUUAUCUAAUCGCAAUGCACAUCUUAGUAAACAAAAAGACGUUCAUAUGAUAACGAAUCCAAAUGAACUUCAUAAGCAUAGAACACAAGUAAAUAAUAACCAAAACUCCAGGAAUGUCAAUUCUCAAGCAGCUGUUCAGUCUAAACCUAGUUUUGAAAACACUUACAGCACUAAUGAUAAUAUAAGGAAUACAAAUAGUGAUACAGGCAAUACUCGUGUUAGUUCAACGAAAACUGAACAGCAACAAGUCGACCAAAGUGGAUAUUCUUAUUCAGGAGGAUUGGGAGCGUAUAACCAGGCAGCUACUGGCGACUACGGUCAGCAAUCGUCAGGAAAUAACAAUGUCCCAUUAGGGCAAGAGAGUUUCUACGGUAAAAAGGGAUAUCCGGUAUAUAGUAAUGGCAUUCCGCUAGGCGGAUCUGCAGAUGGUGUACCGCUUGGCGGAUCGGCAAAUAGCGUAUCCCAGGGAGGAAUUCCACUCGGUGGAAGUGCAAAUGGCGUACCUCUUGGUGAAACUGUAAACAAACCACGUUUAGUAAUUGCUAACCAUAUACCCGACAGUAAAAACUAUUUUUGGAGAAUAUCAGGAUUUACAGAAUGUUCAAGAACUUGUGGAGGAGGUGCACAGGAAACAAAGAUUAUAUGUUUGAAAAAAGAUACCAACGUUAUGGUUACUAAUGAAAAUUGCGAUCCUCGAUUGAAACCACAGUCACAAGUGCUAAAAUGCAAUUCCAAAAUAUGUCCCCCAAAUUGGGAGUUUGGUAACUGGUCGGAUUGCAGUGCAAGCUGUGGACAAGGGAUGCAGACAAGACCAGUGCUGUGCAAACAGUUGAUAGAUUCUGAGCUACAUUUAGACGUCCCAACUUCUCGAUGCGAUUCAAGAACCAGGCCGGAAUCAGCAAGGAGUUGCAACACAAGACUUUGUGCUGAAUGGACUAAUGGGGAAUGGGGAAAGUGUACUGUGAAUUGUGGUCGGGGACAGCAGGAACGAGAGGUUUACUGCAAGCAUGUAGAUGGCCAAAAUACUACAGAGUCAACUUGUAUAGGUUCUAAACCACAAACGGUAAAGAGUUGUAAUAUGGGUGUUUGUGCAGUUGGUUGGUUUUACUCAAAGUGGUCAAGACGGUGCUCAUCUAGUUGUGGCACUGGAUACGUAACAAGGAAGGUUUUCUGUUCAGCAGCAGACGGUGCGCCACUUCCUGAAAGCAAAUGCUCCAAGUCAAAACCGCGGGAAAAGAGGCCAUGUCGCAAUAGGAUUCCAUGUGGCGGUAUAUGGUUUACGGGUCCAUGGUCAAAGUGCUCUGCGACGUGCGGAGAUGGAAGGAAGAAAAGGGAUGUAAUAUGCAUGAAAAAAUUAGGAGAAAAGCUCAUCACUGUGGUGGGAGAUGAAAACUGUUUAUCAAAACAAAAACCAACAACAACUAAACCAUGCAAAGAUUUGCCGCCUUGUCAAGCGGAGUGGUUUAUGACUUCUUGGUCAAAGUGUUCAAAAUCAUGUGAUGCCGGAACAAAAUCAAGGUUGGUGAAGUGUUUGGACGAAGAUUUAAGUCCGAGUUCUACUUGUUCUGAAGAUCACCGUCCGACUACACGUCAUGUUUGUAAUACUGAUUCAUGUGACCUUCCACAGCUCGAUGAAGAUCCAACUUGUAUAGACAAACUACAAAACUGUAAAUUAGUUCCACAAGCAAAAAUUGAACUUUGUGAUUAUCCAUUCUACAAGACUGCAUGUUGUCGAUCUUGCAAGAAGCGAGAACAUAAAACACAUUACAACAGAACUCAUUCAUGAGGAUAUACAUAAAGUGUUCAUUUACUGUGAGGAAGGUCUAGUUAGUUCAAGGAUUAAAACAGCAUUGUGAAUGAGUGUUGUGAUAUUACUAUGCUAGUGCUGACUUAAUACUACAAUGUGGAAAAGUAAUCAAACUUUCCUCGCCGAGCUUAGUCAUGAUAGAAACAUUAUAUAAUACUUAAGUUGUAAUUUUGUGUACAAACCACUUUAAAGUGCUUUAUAUGCGUUGAUAAAAGUGUAGGGAUAUAUUAUGAAUGCAUGGUUAGAAAGUAGCUACACAGUCGCAGUUAUAAAUGUUAUACAAUGUACAGUAAUGUGUAUAAUUAUGGUUAUUUGAAGCGUUAAGUGAUUAUUUUAGUACAUGCUUUGUUUUUUACGUUUCCAUUAUUCUUUAUCUAGUCAAGUAUAAUUUUUCUGAGUUCGCCGAAUGGAUGUUUAGAGAAUUUCUCCUAUAACAAUAAGAGUUCUGUUAGUUUUCUAUUUGGUGAUUUUUCAUCUAAUUCAUUGAUUUUCAAACAACUUAUUCUUGGAUGCCAGUUGUAGUCUAAAACGCUGCAGUAAAUAUGUUCAAGAGACCCUUUUUAAAUAAUGUUCAUUAGAUGGUCGGAUCGCAUCUUUUCAAUUAAUAGGUAAUAGCAGUCAAUCAUUGGAACAACACUUCUACCUAUAAUUUACAAGAAAAGCUGCAGAAUUGAGUCUCGAGCAUAACUUUGUUUAAUAGUUUUAGAUCCGAUUUGGUUCAACAGUUCUACAGAUAUAUAUUUUUUUUUUCACUUUUGCAUUUGGAUCAUAGUAUACCCCAUGAAACUAAAUUUUGGAACAAUCAAGAACAACACAAUUUUAAAUAGAAGAAAAGUUUCGUUUGGACAUGUUGUGCUUGAAUUUUAGACUUUGUUAUUGCGAUUUUAUUACUUUAUUUGAUUGAACUCUAGAAUAAUAAAUGUAAUCUGAUUUUUGUUUAUGAAACAACAGGGUAUGAAUGUUUUAACAUAACUAUUCAUAUAUAUUAUCACUUCUUUAACGAGAAUAAACCUAUUAUGAAGUAAGUAUAUCUGAAAUGUAUUGGUAUUAUAUAAAAGUUUAUGCUAAGCAUAAAACACUAGUGGUUGUGAAUGUUAGAAUCAUCCAUUUCCAUUUUUCACAGAGUUCAUCAUCAUCACGAAAUACGUUUUAAUAAAGGGCAAAUUAAUAUAUCGAUAGGGCAUAAUUGAUAAAAUGGCGAACUUGUUACAUGUAGCAACAUAUCGAUACUUUGUUACUUUGUUUCCUAUCUACCUCUAUCACGUACAUUCAUAAGGUUUAGUGUUCGGCGUUAUUUCUGUAUUGUAAAGAAGACUGCAGGAAUAAAGGUACUCCAUAUCCAGUUGAUAGAAUUUUAUACUUUUGAAUGUUUAUCUUUUUAUCUUGUCAAUUAACGGGAACCAUGUUGGUAGUCUUGGUUGUUUUCUCUUCUAGUAGUUGUGAUAUUUGAAAUAAUGAUUGUUCCCUCCUUUUAUGUAUUUUCUAGAAAAACUUUCAAAUAACCAGUAAAUACAUGUAAUUCUGAAAACGUUUAUUUUCAAUUAUUUAGCUCCAUACUGAUCCAACAUCAUUUUGUACAAGCUGCAUUCAAUGACCAUUGAUCAAUUAUAUUGUAGUUUUGGGUUAAAAAAAUAUGUCUGAUGUUGAUACUUAUACAUCUGUGUAUUGCCUUUCUCGAUGUCUGGUGUUAAUACUCUAACAUCUGUGUAUUGCCUUUCUCGAUGUCGGGUGUUGAUACUUUAACAUCUGUGUAUUGACUUUCUCGAUGUCGGGUGUUGAUACUUUAACAUCUGUUUAUUGCCUUUCUCGAUGUCGGGUGUUGAUACUUAAACAUCUGUGUAUUGCCUUUCUCGAUGUCGGGUGUUGAUACUUUAACAUCUGUGUAUUGCCUUUCUCGAUGUCGGGUGUUGAUACUUUAACAUCUGUGUGUUGCCUUUCUCGAUGUCGGGUGUUGAUACUUUAACAUCUGUGUAUUGCCUUUCUCGGUGUCGAAUGUUCUGUCCCAAGACACAAUGUCAACACCCUUUGCAGAUUUUUGUCUUUAUGCAUGCAUGCCUUAUUUUUAUUGAUAUUGUCGAUCAAAAGUUGUCAUGUUGAUUCAGCAAACUUGUUUUAAUUUUCAUCUAACAUUCAUGACAAUCAUGUAAUAUCUGUUGAAUAAAUGUGUUCAAAAUA